GUGACGGCCCGCGUCCCUGUUACUCAGCGGAGCGGCCGAGGCCGGAGGACGCGGCCCGGAUCGCGGACUCGCGAGCAGCGCUGGGUAACGGCUGCGACUACCGUUUUGACGGCGCCGGCGCCCCCCACAGGCUUUCGCGUCGUCGCCUAGUGCGCAGUGGGGGGAGGCGUCAGUGAUUUCUGCUGUGGUGCCCUGGCUGUUUCCGCUGAGUCGUGGAGUUGCACUGCUGUACUGUGCCUAGGAAGUCGCAGCUGUCAGUAUUCACUCAUCUACCGUGGCUGUGGUGGAGAUUUCUUGUGAACAGCCCACUUGGUGAAAUUUUUGGAUGAAGCCAUUAAAUUAAUUGCUUGCCAUCAUGAGUAGAAGCAAGCGUGACAACAAUUUUUAUAGUGUAGAGAUUGGAGAUUCUACAUUCACAGUUCUGAAACGAUACCAGAAUUUAAAACCUAUAGGCUCAGGAGCUCAAGGAAUAGUAUGUGCAGCUUAUGAUGCCAUUCUGGAAAGAAAUGUUGCAAUCAAGAAGCUAAGCCGGCCAUUUCAAAAUCAAACUCAUGCCAAGCGGGCCUAUAGAGAGCUAGUUCUUAUGAAAUGUGUUAAUCACAAAAAUAUAAUUGGUCUUUUGAAUGUUUUCACACCACAGAAAUCCCUAGAAGAAUUUCAAGAUGUUUACAUAGUCAUGGAGCUCAUGGAUGCCAACCUCUGCCAAGUGAUUCAGAUGGAACUAGAUCAUGAAAGAAUGUCUUACCUUCUCUAUCAGAUGCUCUGUGGAAUCAAGCACCUUCACUCUGCUGGAAUUAUUCAUCGGGAUUUAAAGCCCAGUAAUAUAGUAGUAAAAUCAGACUGCACUUUGAAGAUUCUUGACUUUGGGCUCGCUAGGACUGCAGGAACAAGUUUCAUGAUGACGCCUUAUGUAGUGACUCGCUACUACCGAGCACCCGAGGUCAUCCUGGGCAUGGGCUACAAGGAAAACGUGGAUUUAUGGUCUGUGGGGUGCAUUAUGGGAGAAAUGGUUUGCCACAAAAUCCUCUUUCCAGGAAGGGACUAUAUUGACCAGUGGAAUAAAGUUAUUGAACAGCUGGGAACACCAUGUCCUGAAUUCAUGAAGAAACUACAACCAACAGUAAGGACUUAUGUUGAAAACAGACCUAAAUAUGCUGGAUAUAGCUUUGAGAAACUCUUCCCUGAUGUACUUUUCCCUGCUGACUCAGAACAUAACAAACUUAAAGCCAGCCAGGCAAGGGAUUUGUUAUCCAAAAUGCUGGUAAUAGAUGCGUCUAAAAGGAUCUCUGUGGAUGAAGCCCUCCAGCACCCAUAUAUCAAUGUCUGGUAUGAUCCCUCCGAAGCGGAAGCUCCACCACCAAAGAUCCCUGACAAACAGUUAGAUGAAAGGGAACACACAAUAGAAGAGUGGAAAGAGUUGAUAUACAAGGAAGUGAUGGACUUGGAGGAGAGAACCAAGAAUGGAGUUAUCCGGGGGCAGCCCUCUCCUUUAGCACAGGUGCAGCCGUGAUCAGUGGCUCGCAGCACCCAUCCUCAUCCUCGUCUGUCAAUGAUGUGUCUUCGAUGUCCACAGAUCCGACUUUGGCUUCGGAUACUGACAGCAGUCUAGAAGCAUCGGCUGGGCCUCUGGGCUGCUGUAGAUGACUACUUGGGCCUUGGGGGUGGGGGGUGGGGAGUCAGUUAGUCAUUGAUAGAACUACUUUGAGAACAAUUCAGUGGUCUUAUUUUUGAGUGAUUUUUCAAAAACUGUAGAAUUCAUUUUGUAGUAAAGUAGUUUAUUUUUUUUAAUUUUAAGUGAUGUAAUUUAAAACCUAAGUUGUGUUUUACAACAGCAACAAAACUGUAUUGUAUUUUUUGCUGUAAUUAACUGUAUAAUGUAAACCUAAUUAUUUUAUCAUGGUUUAAAUUUUUUGCAUAUUUGCUUUAUCUUAUGCUGCUGAUUUUUUUACUGAAUUUGUAAGAUUUUGUUUAUCAAAGCAACUAUUAUGUGGUGACUUGCCUAUAUCAUGAAUUAUUUAAGAUUUUUAUAGUUUUUUUAUUAGAGUUUAUUUCAGAUGUUUUGUUCAUGAUGCUAUCCUUCAGGGUUAUGUGCUUAUCAAUGAAAUAACCCCAGAGGAGUGAGGGAAGAUAACCUGUAGCCAGUUAUAUUCAGGAAUAACUACUGUAAAUGAUGAACGUGUCAAGAGACCUCCAAUAUUUGCUACUAGCCAAUCCAAUUUUAGUCACAGUAAUCAGUAGGUAGGUGAUCCUAUCUGAAUUUUGGCAGAGUUCCAUCAUCUAAAUGGCAGAAUAACUCAGAGUGUGUCUUUGAAGAUGCUGGGCAUGUACCAACCACCACCUUGUUAGUCUCCCACCCCACCCAACAAAAGUCACGUCAUGGACUAUGGUGUAUUUCACAAAUUUGUGGCAUGCUCAAAGUUUAUUACAUAAAAGUCAAGAGGAUACUUCAUGAAUAGUACAUUUCAAUACAAAUAAACAGACGGUUCACUUACUAGCUAUGAGCCUGUUUUUGUACACACUGAGUUAAUCUCAGGAUGUAAAUCUUAGCAGUGGUCUAGAGUCUGGUCUUUCCCUUUCCUGCAGCCUCCAGCCCUUGGACCCUUCUGGUUUUCUAUUCCUUGGAGGUCACUCAGUUGAACACCAGUUCUCAUGGUGUUUUUGGCCAUUUGAUUCUACCUGUAGUGUGAUCACUUACACAUACUAGCUGUCAGGAGGUUCUGGACCUACUUAGAUUUACAUAGGUGACGUAUCAAAUGAGCAAUAUACCGUUCAUCUGAAAAUAGUAGCACACAGCCAUAUAUAGGAUAUCAUUUUCUAAGGACUGUUUAUUCACAUCGAGCAGAGCAGGCAUAAAUGGUGGUUAUUUAGUCUGAGAUCUUUGAUUUGUUAUACCUGAUUUCCAGUAUAACACGCAAUGUGGAUGUUGAGUAGUGUAAGAAUGGUGCUGCUCCUAACAAGUGUGUGUUAACUGUUUACAUUUUAUAUCUGCAGAAUUAUUUCUCUAUAACUGAAUUUUUCCUGAGUAAAGUAUCAUUGCUGUCUCAUAAUUUCUGAAACACAUUGUCUGUAGUGGCCCCAGGCACCUUUUGUUACAUCUGGAACAAAAGCGGUUUCAUGUAGUGAACUGGGAAGUACAUUCUGACAGAAGCAGCAAGGUUCUAGGCAGAAAAACCCUGGAGAUAUGCCAGCAGGAGCAAGAGCAGCUCAACAAAUGUCUGAAAUUUCACUUGGCAUUUUAUUUAUACAUUCAAUGCAAAUUUCCUUUUAAGUAAGGCAUUUAGGUCAUUGUUAAUGUGCAAUAUUUAAGAUUAAAAUACAUUCACCUUUUUUAUAUACUUUGAAAUAGCAGGUAUGUUUUUGAUGGUUUAAAGUUGUGAUUUUUAGCCUCCCAGCCUUUGGAUCAAUCCCUUUUCUACUCAUACAACGUGGUGCAUUAAUUUUAUUAGGUAAAUUAGUGUCUUGAGACUAUAAUGCCUCUUGAGUUAUUAUAAACAAGAUUGAACUCAUGGUUUUAGCAGAACUUUCAGGAUGAAUGUGUUCUUAGUUCAGAUUAAUUUUACAGUGAAUUAGCUUUAUUUUCUCUAGGAUAGAUUGUGUCACUAUUGCACUUUAACAGCUGACAUGCUUUCAGAAGAUUUUUAUAUUUGGUUGCUAAUAAGCCAUCUCUGCUGAUACAGAUUUUGGUUAGGCAAGGAAAAUCAGGUAUGUUCACUGUAAACGCCAGCUCCCACUUGCCAACUGUCAUGUCUUGGUUGAAUUCAAAGAAAAACACUCUUAGUACUUAAUAUAAAUUACCUAACAGAUUAUAUCCUAAAAGCAGAGUCUGUUUGUCAAAUGUUGCUUGCCCCAGAUUUUUAAAGUACUUUGUCUAAAUGCAGCUUCCCCUCUUUACAUAAGUCUGUUAAGCUAAUAUGUAUUGGUACUUUUUGGCUUAGUAUCUUAAAGCAUCUUAAACUUUUUUUUUAAUUACAAAUAUUUAUGUUGGGAAAUAACUUAUGUUGAGCCACUUUUCCUAUGAUUUUGGCUUUUCAAUUAUAUACACUCAUUUAAUAUACUUAUUGUCCCAGAGGUGUCAGCAAGUUACUGAGAUUGGCCAUUUAAUGUUGUUGGUUAGGGAUGAGAUCUGAGCCUCCAUGUUUCCUGAUGACAGUUCUCUGGCCUGCUUGGCACAUGUCAUGUCGGGAUCACUUGAUUAUAAUGCACAGGAGUAGAGCACCUGGGCUCUUUCCUACUGUUUGCUGAACUGUACCCAUUAAGUCCCACACCGUCAGCUGCAGACUGCUCUCAUGUGUACUCUUCCCAGUUGGAAGCACAGUGUGUUCACACCAGACUGUGAGAGAUGUACAGCUUCUUAGGGAGCAAGCUGCUGUGCACCCACCACAUGGUUUGCAAAACAGCUAUCUCCCGUAAGCCUUUAGGUUGCUCUGUUCCCAGCUUUCUUUGUUGUCCAAAAACAUGAAGGCGAAGAGGACACCAGUGUCCUCUAGGGAGUCUUCAGGAAGCACACAAGGCUGUGUCCUGGGUCCCAAGUUGGACUCAGUUGGCGCUGUCAGCCGUUAUCUACCACCCUAGGGAAGACUUAGCCAUCAGUGUUGCCUGGGCAGUGGCCUACACAACAUUGUGGGGUAAAAACAGUCUCUUUUUGAGUGUACUGUUGUAGGUGUUUGUAAGUAUUGUCCAUUAGUCGCACGUUAGCUGUAGAGUGGAUGCAUGACGCCCCGUGACCCCAGUGAUGUUCUCUUACCAGUACGUAGGAAAUCCAGCACCACCUUCCAUCGUUAGCAGCCCUCUUGGACGUAGCCACUCCACAGCCUGUUGCAUUUCAGUGUGCAUCGUGUUUCUACUGAUCUCUCUCAGCUUCUUCCUGAAUCAGAGGAAACUCAUUUGUUCUUAAUAAGUAGCAAGAAAGAUGAAGAGGUAAAGGGCAUUGAAACGGAAAUGUAUAGUUUGGGGUAAGAUUGGAAAACAAAAGUCCUAAUUAAUUUCAAAGUGACUGCUCUAGGCUGGGCAUGGUGGCGCAUGCCUGUAAUCCCAGCACUCGGGAGCCCGAGGCAGGAGGAUUGCUGCAAGUUCAAGACCAGCCUGGACUGUCUGGUUUAAGGCCAAUGUAAGUUACAGAGUAAGACCGUAUCUCCAAAAAAACAAACAAACAAAAAAAAAAAGUGACUGUUCUUAGUGAAGUGCUCUUUAGGAGAGUGUAGUAAGAGUCACGCCUUCUGGCCAUUUCUGAUUUAGAUUCUCUGUGUUACUGAAACUUCUGAGAAAUAUGACCUGUGGAUUAGCUUUGCACAAUGUUCUAUUCUCACAAUGACUUAAAAUUAAACUAGGUUUUUAUUGAACUACCUCACACUAAUUUUCUAUGCUUUCCCAAGUAAGCUGUUGCCCUUACUGUUAGAUCUUUACUGAGUAUGAAUUAUAAAUGUGCGUUGAAUACUUUAUAGCCAAUGUUGACAAAAUCCCAGUAAGUAUGUACUAUAGAUACCUUGCAUCAGUAAGAGACACAUGUAAAAUCUUUCGCUAUGUAUCUUGGAAAAUUGUGUUAGAUGUGCUUGUUGACAUUAUCACUGUCUGUUUUUGUAAGUAGAAACCUGCUCGUGAUAUCAGUCCAUUCUUUACAUUUUACAAAAGGAAUAAAUCUUAGUAAAUUUUACGAAGAAAUAAAUUACUUUUGUAGGCCCAAUAUUUGGUAUAUUUUUGAGAAGCUGUUAAUCUUUUAGCCGAAUGAUGAAGUUAAACUGAAGUAGCUGUCUACCUGGACUGUGACAUCUAUUUUCUCAUUGCAGUCUAUCCUGUUCAAUAGGUUUUUGAACCUGGAAGCCUAAAUAUGAUUGACAUUCGCUUUUCCUCCCCUCCAUGUCAUCCUCUGCCCUGCUUCGCCCGCCCCACCCCACCCCUCCCCACGUGCCAUUCCCUCCUCUCUAGACAAAACGAAAUGGGGCACUUUGUAGGGAAUGCUGAGAUCCUUGUUGUGGUUUUUAAUCAUUCAUGCCCUAGUCAUACAACAUGCACCACUGGAAUGUAAACAAUGUUAUCUAGUAUGUCAAUUGGUUAUAAUAUUUUAAAUAAAAAAGAAAAAAGUGGUAUGAAA